UAACCUGGACAGGACGGUCCGUGGACGAGCAGAAGGAAUAAUGGAAGACUACCUGAAAAUAGAGAAAAUUGGAGAAGGUACUUAUGGGGUCGUGUACAAGGGCAGACACAAGGCCACCGGGCAGGUGGUGGCCAUGAAGAAGAUCCGCUUAGAGAGCGAGGAGGAAGGAGUCCCCAGCACCGCCGUCCGGGAGGUGUCCCUGCUGCAGGAGCUCAAACAUCCCAACGUCGUGCGACUCCUGGAUGUCCUGAUGCAAGAGUCCCGUCUCUACCUCAUCUUUGAGUUCCUGUCCAUGGAUCUGAAGAAGUACCUGGAUUCCAUCCCCUCCGGCCAGUACAUGGAUCCCAUGCUCGUUAAGAGCUACCUUUACCAGAUCCUGGAGGGAAUCUUCUACUGCCACUGCCGCCGUAUCCUCCACCGAGACCUGAAGCCUCAGAAUCUCCUCAUCGACAACAAGGGAGUGAUCAAACUGGCAGACUUCGGCUUGGCUCGAGCGUUCAGUGUUCCUGUCAGGGUUUACACCCACGAGGUGGUCACUCUGUGGUACCGGGCUCCAGAAGUCCUCCUCGGCUCGCCUCGAUAUUCGACUCCAGUGGACAUUUGGAGCGCCGGGACCAUCUUUGCUGAGCUGGUUACCAAGAGGCCUCUCUUCCACGGAGACUCUGAGAUAGACCAACUCUUCAGGAUCUUCAGGACUCUGGGAACUCCAAACAAUAAUGUGUGGCCUGAUGUGGAGAGCCUCCCUGACUAUAAGAACACCUUCCCCAAAUGGAAGUGUGGCAGCGUGUCGUCGGUGGUGAAGAACCUGGACAAGGACGGCCUGGACCUGCUGACGAAAAUGUUGAUCUACAAUCCUCCGAAGAGAGUUUCAGCCCGUGAUGCACUGACCCACCCGUACUUUGACGACUUGGAUAAAUCCACCCUGCCGGCCGCCGGCAUCAAGAUCUGAGUCACAGCAGUCCGUCGCCUCUCUGUAAAUACUUUAAUGUCCUUGUGUGUCAAACCGCUAAGUUCUGGUUGUCUCAUUUAACACACAGGUUCUGUUGGUCUUCUGUAAUAACGUCUCUGACCCUGUUUGGUCAGAUUUAUUCCAGUUUUAUUUUACAAUAAAACAAUGUCA